CAAGCAAUUUGUUCACUGUUGGCUCUGCUUUGAUUCCAUCUGCAAAUGGAAAGUUUUAAUAUCCUCCUUUUGACAGUGGCAGUGACUGUGCAAGUAACAUCCCAUGACAGCACUGGUGAACCUCCUGUUCAGAUUUCAAAGCCAAAGGUUACUUUGAAUCCAUCUCAUGCAGUGCUGUACAGCACAGAGACAGUCACUCUGCACUGUGAGGUACCUGAGGCACUAUCAGGGUUACAAUAUGACUGGUACAAGAACUCUGCUGAUCUUAGUGAACAUCAACCCAGCAUCACUGCGAGAGGCAGUGGAAAAUAUGAAUGCAAAGCAAAAAAAGGAACUUCUGAAUCGGAAAUAAGUGCUAGUUACACUUUAACUCUACAAGAUCCUCCUAAAGCAAAGCUGACUGUGGAUCCUAAAUGGACAGAGUUUUUCCCAAGUGAAAACAUCGAACUGAAGUGUGAAAUUGAAGGUGGUUCUUCAGGCUGGACCUUCGAGUGGAUAAAAGAUACCUGGACUUCAGAAGGCGACAGUGUCCGAGCAAUCACUGUAAAACACCCUGACUCUGGAAAAUAUUCUUGUAGAGGAAAACUCAAAAACAGACAAGUAACAACCCAACAAAGUAAUGCAUUUCAACUGAAUGUCAAAGAUCUGCCUGAACCAAAAAUCCAGUCUGAUUGGACAGAAGCGUUUCCUGGUGAAAAAGUGUAUUUAGAGUGUGUGAUUCAAGGUGUUUCAGAAAACUGGAACUAUAUGUGGUUCAAGGACUCAAGAAGAAUCGUCUCCAGUGAUGAAACAAACAUAAACACUCUCACACUGUCAGUAAAGUCCAGUCAUCACGGGGCCUAUGAGUGCCAAGGUGAGCUGCAGGGCAGAAAGGUGUCUACUGCAAGAAGCACACAACAUUUGUUAACAGUCCAUGAACUGCCUCAGCUGAAAUUGUCAAUAGAGUCUCAAUGGAAUAUGUUUUACCCAACUGAGAAAGUGACUCUGAAGUGUUCAAUUGAUGAAGAGUCAAAUAAAUGGGGCUAUGAAUGGUUUAAAAACGGAGGUUUGCUUAAAAAGGAUAAGGACAUUUCCUUUUCUGGAAACACACUCUCCAUCAGCUCAGCAAAAGCGGGUCAUUCAGGACAGUACACCUGCAGAGGAAAACAUCUGACGAGAACAUUGGUGACUACAAGAGAAACUGAAGCUGUGCAACUUCGUAUUCAGGACAUCAAACCAAAACCAACCAUCACAAAACAUAAGUGGUUUGAGUUGUUCUACACUGAGGAGCGAGUCCAGCUUCAUUGUAAUAUGCCAGGAGUAGGUUGGGAAUACCACUGGUAUAAAGGCUCAACCCUUCGGAUCACACAUCCAGAAUUGACCAUAGAUGCAGUAUCUCUGUCUGACAGUGGUAAUUAUCACUGUAAAGCACAGAGAGGAGACUUCUCAGUGGACAGUGAGACUCUACAAGUGCGAGUUCAGAAACCACCUCAACCACAUAUUCAGUCUGAUUGGACAGAAGCGUUUCCUGGUGAAAAAGUGUCUUUGCAGUGUGUGAUUCGAGAUGUUUCUGAAAACUGGAAUUAUACUUGGUUCAAAGACUCAAGCAAAAUCGACUCCCGUGCUGAAACAAACAUAAAAGGGAACAAUCUCACACUGUCAGUAAAGUCCAGUCAUCACGGGGCCUAUGAGUGCCAAGCUGAGCUGCAGGAAAGAAACGUGUCGACUGUAAGAAGCAAACAACAUUUGUUAACAGUCCAUGGAUCACAGCCAACAAUCCUUCUGCAGCAAGAUCCAUCCCACGCAGAGAUCUACACUGGAGAACAAGUCAAACUCACUUGUAGCAUUCAAGAGAAGACUUCAAAAUGGCAAUAUUUUUGGCAAAUAGAUUCACAGCAAGUGAACACUGUCAACAAUCCCAUUUACACUAUCCAAAAUGCUACAUUAUCUCAAAAAGGGAACUACACUUGCCAAGUAAGAAGGGGAGAGAUGACAUAUGCAAACUCUACAAUAUUGACAAUAAGAGAACCACCUCAACCACAUAUUCAGUCUGAUUGGACAGAAGCGUUUCCUGGGGAAAAAGUGUCUUUGCAGUGUGUGAUUCGAGAUGUUUCUAAAAACUGGAAUUAUACUUGGUUCAAAGACUCAAGCAAAAUCGACUCCCGUGCUGAAACAAACAUACAAGGGAACAAUCUCACACUGUCAGUAAAGUCCAGUCAUCACGGGGCCUAUGAGUGUCAAGCUGAGCUGCAGGAAAGAAACGUGUCGACUGUAAGAAGCAAACAACAUUUUUUAACAGUCCAUGGAUCACAGCCAACAAUCCUUCUGCAGCAAGAUCCAUCCCACGCAGAGAUCUACACUGGAGAACAAGUCAAACUCACUUGUAGCAUUCAAGAGAAGACUUCAAAAUGGCAAUAUUUUUGGCAAAUAGAUUCACAGCAAGUGAGCACUGUCAACAAUCCCAUUUACACUACCCAAAAUGCUACAUUAUCUCAAAAAGGGAACUACACUUGCCAAAUAAGAAGGGGAGAGAUGACAUAUGCAAAAUCUACAAUAUUGUCAAUAAGAGAACCACCUCAACCACAUAUUCAGUCUGAUUGGACAGAAGCGUUUCCUGGUGAAAAAGUGUCUUUGCAGUGUGUGAUUCGAGAUGUUUCUGAAAACUGGAAUUAUACUUGGUUCAAAGACUCAAGCAAAAUCGACUCCCGUGCUGAAACAAACAUACAAGGGAACAAUCUCACACUGUCAGUAAAGUCCAGUCAUCACGGGGCCUAUGAGUGCCAAGCUGAGUCGCAGGAAAGAAACGUGUCGACUGUAAGAAGCAAACAACAUUUUUUAACAGUCCAUGGAUCACAGCCAACAAUCCUUCUGCAGCAAGAUCCAUCCCACGCAGAGAUCUACACUGGAGAACAAGUCAAACUCACUUGUAGCAUUCAAGAGAAGACUUCAAAAUGGCAAUAUUUUUGGCAAAUAGAUUCACAGCAAGUGAGCACUGUCAACAAUCCCAUUUACACUAUCCAAAAUGCUACAUUAUCUCAAAAAGGGAACUACACUUGCCAAGUAAGAAGGGGAGAGAUGACAUAUGCAAAAUCUACAAUAUUGACAAUAAGAGAGCCACCUAAAGCAAAUAUGUCAAUAGAGUCUCAAUGGAAUAUGUUUUACCCAACUGAGAAAGUGACUCUGAAGUGUUCAGUUGAUGAAGAGUCAAAUAAAUGGGGCUAUGAAUGGUUUAAAAACGGAGGUUCGCUUAAAGAUGAUAAGGACAUUUCAGUUUCUAGAAACACACUCUCCAUCAGCUCAGCAAAAGUGGGUCAUUCAGGACAGUACACCUGCAGAGGAAAACAUCUGGCGAGAACAUUGGUAACAACUACAAGAGAAACUGAAGCUGUGCAACUUCGUAUUCAGGACAUCAAACCAAAACCAAACAUCACAAAACAUGUGUGGUUUGAGUUGUUCUACGCUGAGGAGAAAGUCCAGCUUAAAUGUAAUAUGACAGGAGUAGGUUGGGAAUACCACUGGUAUAAAGGCUCAACCCUUCGGAUCACACAUCCAGAAUUGACCAUAGAUGCAGUAUCUCUGUCUGACCGUGGUAAUUAUCACUGUAAAGCAAAGAGAGGAGACUUCUCAGUGGACAGUGAGACUCUACAAGUGCGUGUUCAGAAACCACCUCAACCACAUAUUCAGUCUGAUUGGACAGAAGCGUUUCCUGGGGAAAAAGUGUCUUUGCAGUGUGUGAUUCGAGAUGUUUCUGAAAACUGGAAUUAUACUUGGUUCAAAGACUCAAGCAAAAUCGACUCCCGUGCUGAAACAAACAUACAAGGGAACAAUCUCACACUGUCAGUAAAGUCCAGUCAUCACGGGGCCUAUGAGUGUCAAGCUGAGCUGCAGGAAAGAAACGUGUCGACUGUAAGAAGCAAACAACAUUUUUUAACAGUCCAUGGAUCACAGCCAACAAUCCUUCUGCAGCAAGAUCCAUCACACCCGGAGAUGUACAAUGGAGAACAAGUCAACCUCACUUGUAGCAUUCAAGAGAAGACUUCAAAAUGGCAAUAUUUUUGGCAAAGAGAUUCACAGCAAGUGAACACUGUCAACAAUCCCAUUUACACUAUCCAAAAUGCUACAUUCUCUCAAAAAGGGAACUACACUUGCCAAGUAAGAAGGGGAGAGAUGACAUAUGCAAAAUCUACAAUAUUGACAAUAAGAGAACCACCUCAACCACAUAUUCAGUCUGAUUGGACAGAAGCGUUUCCUGGUGAAAAAGUGUCUUUGCAGUGUGUGAUUCGAGAUGUUUCUGAAAACUGGAAUUAUACUUGGUUCAAAGACUCAAGCAAAAUCGACUCCCGUGCUGAAACAAACAUACAAGGGAACAAUCUCACACUGUCAGUAAAGUCCAGUCAUCACGGGGCCUAUGAGUGCCAAGCUGAGCUGCAGGAAAGAAACGUGUCGACUGUAAGAAGCAAACAACAUUUUUUAACAGUCCAUGGAUCACAGCCAACAAUCCUUCUGCAGCAAGAUCCAUCCCACCCAGAGAUCUACACUGGAGAACAAGUCAAACUCACUUGUAGCAUUCAAGAGAAGACUUCAAAAUGGCAAUAUUUUUGGCAAAUAGAUUCACAGCAAGUGAGCACUGUCAACAACACAACCAUUUACACUAUCCAAAAUGCUACAUUAUCUCAAAAAGGGAACUACACUUGCCAAGUAAGAAGGGGAGAGAUGACAUAUGCAAACUCUACAAUAUUGACAAUAAGAGAGCCACCUAAAGCAAAUAUGUCAAUAGAGUCUCAAUGGAAUAUGUUUUACCCAACUGAGAAAGUGACUCUGAAGUGUUCAGUUGAUGAAGAGUCAAAUAAAUGGGGCUAUGAAUGGUUUAAAAACGGAGGUUCGCUUAAAGAUGAUAAGGGCAUUUCAGUUUCUAGAAACACACUCUCCAUCAGCUCAGCAAAAGUGGGUCAUUCAGGACAGUACACCUGCAGAGGAAAACAUCUGACAAGAACAUUGGUGACUACAAGAGAAACUGAAGCUGUGCAACUUCGUAUUCAGGACAUCAAACCAAAACCAAACAUCACAAAACAUGUGUGGUUUGAGUUGUUCUACACUGAGGAGCGAGUCCAGCUUAAAUGUAAUAUGACAGGAGUAGGUUGGGAAUACCACUGGUAUAAAGGCUCAACCCUUCGGAUCACACAUCCAAAAUUGACCAUAGAUGCAGUAUCUCUGUCUGACAGUGGUAAUUAUCACUGUAAAGCAAAGAGAGGAGACUUCUCAGUGGACAGUGAGACUCUACAAGUGCGAGUUCAGAAACCACCUCAACCACAUAUUCAGUCUGAUUGGACAGAAGCGUUUCAUGGUGAAAAAGUGUCUUUGCAGUGUGUGAUUCAAGAUGUUUCUGAAAACUGGAAUUAUACUUGGUUCAAGGACUCAAGCAAAAUCAUCUCCCGUGCUGAAACAAACAUAAAAGGGAACAAUCUCACACUGUCAGUAAAGUCCAGUCAUCAUGGGGCCUAUGAGUGCCAAGCUGAGCUGCAGGAAAGAAACGUGUCGACUGUAAGAAGUACACAACAUUUGUUAACAGUCCAUGAGCCACCUAAACCAAAUCUGUCAAUAGAGUCUCAAUGGAAUAUGUUUUACCCAACUGAGAAAGUGACUCUGAAGUGUUCAGUUGAUGAAGAGUCAAAUAAAUGGGGCUAUGAAUGGUUUAAAAACGGAGGUUCGCUUAAAAAGGUUGAGGACAUUUCCUUUUCUGGAAACACACUCUCCAUCAGCUCAGCAAAAGCGGGUCAUUCAGGACAGUACACCUGCAGAGGAAAACAUCUGACGAGAACAUUGGUGACUACAAGAGAAACUGAAGCUGUGCAACUUCGUAUUAAAGACAUCACACCAAAACCAAUCAUUAAAAAACAUGAGUGGUUUGAGUUGUUCUACACUGAGGAGCGAGUUAAGUUUGAUUGUAACAUGUCAGGAGUAGGUUGGGAAUACCACUGGCAUAAAGCCGCAAAGCCUCUGAUCAAAAAUUCAGAAUUCACCAUCGACGCAGUAUCUCUGACUGACACUGGUGACUAUCACUGCAAAGCACAGAGAGGAGACUUCUCAGUGGAUAGUGAGACUCUACAAGUGCGAGUUCAAGCUCGUCCACCAGCAUUUCUGAGUCUGAAGACUGAACUGAUCGACAUCAUGACCGGGGAUGUGACUCUCAGGUGUAACAUCUCAGACGGCAGACAGUGGAACUACACUUGGUUCAUGAACGGACAGCAGCUCAAUGGAUCCUCAGAUGUACUCAAAGUGACAGGAAAUGAAGAAACAAUCAAAAGUGAAUUCAAGUGCAAGGGAAUAAACACAGAGAGACCGCUGUACUCUGCUCUGAGUGACGGCUUCGUAGCCAAUAAUAUUAUAUUUAAAAGGAAAAUACUGCUAGCCAUCUCAGGAUGUCUUGUCUGUUGUAUUUUUAUCCUGAUCAUUGGAUGCAUCAUUCUAAAAAUCACCCAUAAACCAGAGGUAAAAGAAACACCAGAGGAUUUGUUUUUCUCAAUGACAGACUCCAAGAACCAAAUUAUUUCACCCAUGAAGGAGUACAUGGACAACAGACAAACAGAGCUGGAGGAAUCUCAGGGAAAAGCAGAACUAAUCUCUGACUGUGCUUCAGCUGUUCAUGAGGACAGUGUGAUUAAAGAAUCUCAGGAAAAAGCAGAACUAAUCUCCGACUGUGCUUCAGCUGUUCAUGAGGACAGUGUGAUUAAAGAAUCUCAGGAAAAAGCAGAACUAAUCUCAGACUGUGCUUCAGCUGUUCAUGAGGACAGUGUGAUUAAAGAAGAAGACACGUCAGCAACAGUAGCCAAUGGCCUGACAUCAUUUAAAGGACUCUGAAUCAUUUCACCAGAAAUCAACAUGCUCGGAGGCACAGCUACAUUAUAUAUUUUAAAAUGACAGCAUUAGUACAGUACUUUGUCUAACAGGAGCUGUACUUUGUAAAAUUUAGUUUUAUAAUCUGAAAACCAGUUUGUUUGCAAAAAAAAAAACAAAAAAAACAACAACAAAAAAGUAGAACUGAACUGCAGUGUUGUAGAGACGUACUGUUGUAAAUGAAGACAGUAAUUGUAUGGGGAGAUGAAUAACGGACGGUAAGAAAUUACAAAAUUCAGAAGUUAUUUCUGUACAUAUCUGUACAUAAUAUCUGUUUUAAAAUGUAAAUAUUACAACACAAAACAGAAAGCAAAUAAAUAAAUAAAGAAAUAAUAAUAAUUAUUAUUAUUAUUAUUAUGCACUCACUGGA